UUUUUUUUCUGAAGAAACUUUGCCAGGUCAUAAGGAUGGCUCUCCCUAUAAUUGUAAAAUGGGGUGGGCAGGAGUAUUCAGUGACUACACUUUCAGAAGAUGAUACUGUACUUGAUCUCAAACAGUUUCUCAAGACACUCACAGGAGUGCUCCCAGAACGCCAGAAAUUACUCGGUCUCAAAGUUAAAGGCAAACCUGCAGAAAAUGACGUUAAGCUUGGAGCUCUCAAACUGAAACCAAAUACUAAAAUCAUGAUGAUGGGAACUCGUGAGGAGAGCUUGGAAGAUGUCUUAGGUCCACCCCCUGACAAUGAUGAUGUUGUCAAUGACUUUGACAUUGAAGAUGAAGUAAUUGAAGUAGAAAAUAGGGAAGAAAACCUUUUGAAAAUUUCUCGCAGAGUGAAAGAGUAUAAAGUGGAAAUUUUGAAUCCUCCCAGGGAAGGGAAAAAGCUUUUGGUAUUAGAUGUUGAUUAUACGUUAUUUGACCAUAGGUCUUGUGCAGAGACGGGGGUAGAAUUAAUGCGGCCAUAUCUUCAUGAAUUCCUAACAUCUGCAUAUGAGGAUUAUGACAUUGUUAUCUGGUGUAAGCUGUAUUUUUUGCUUAGCUUUCUAUGGAAAUAACACUGUUGUUUAUAU